GGUCAAGAAAUCAUCAAGGUCAUCGUUGGUAGUGGUGAUUUGUGCAAGACCUUCGUCGUUCAUACUACGCUCCUCCGUAAACACGCGCCGGUAUUCUUUGAUCGUAUCAUGACGAACGAGACGCCAGACGUUAUCAGGCUUCCGAAUACAGAGCCGGAGGUUUUCAGCUUGUACGUUCAGUACAUGUACACACAAAAACUGCCAAGCAAGCCGGACUCUGUCAAGCCUAACCGUGAAGAUCAUGUCCACGAGACCAACCUACUCUGCAAGCUCUUUGCGCUGGUGAAAUUCGUUCAUGACGACCUGGCCGCCAAGGAUGCCAUCGACGCAGUUUAUGCGAAGGCUCACGAACGGUCCCUGGAGACGCAACCCGUUCUACCUGGCAGUAUUGCGGUUUCAAACAUCUAUAAGGCCACUGACGGACCAUGUGGAGCUCGGACGCUCAUGGUCGAUCUGUAUGUGUGGAGAGCUUCUGGCCAGUGGAUUAAAGACCAACGCGCUGGUGACGUGCCUUACCCCACUGAGUUUCUGUCUGAUCUUGCG